UUACACGGAAACAAGAGCACGUUUGGUCGAACCAAGUCGCUGUUAUUCAAAGAGGCUCGACUGAUAUCGUACUGCCUCAGCUGCUUAUUGGGUUUUCCGCUACUUUUCCACCUUACCGCGUCUGUUGUGUUGUCUUGAAGCAGAUCCAUCUAGUUGCUUACUGGUUUGAUUUUUGCCGCCAUAUACUUUGCUGAUAAAGAGGUACGGUGUGAUGGUGUUGACGAAGAAGGAAGAGAAGAAGUACCUGAAGGAUGCGUCCGAGGCGCUCACUCAGCUAAAGGAGAAGAUCAUGGCUGCGUCUGAUGAGAAUCUCAUUCAAUUGCUGAACAAAAGCAUGAAGUGGGAUACCUCGAAAGGGACGUUGUACCACUGGAUCCCAGUUCUCAACAAGUUCGAUGCGUUGCUUGAAGGGGUCAUCAAUAAGUAUGGGCUAUCUGAAAAACACUGUAAACCACAGGAGAUGAACACGUUCGAUACCAAUCUGGUGUGUGCAAUCUUGGCGUUUACCCAUAUGCUGUUGGAGAACUGUUUGCAUCGUGGUAUCUAUUCAUCCUCCCAUAGGCUGUACGACUUGCUGAAUUGUCCAUCUAUCUCGGUUUGCGUUGCUGUUCUUAGAUGCUACGUCGUGUUGGCACGCAAGUUCAUCAACCAAAGACCCAAGAUGUUCAUUGGCCAGAGAAAAGUGUCUGAAAGAAUAUACACGUUGGGCGUUUUCCUGCCAGCGUCGUCGUUGACUGCGAACACAGGUUCCAGCACCACAUGCUCGCUAGUGGAUUACAUCAAGGAAGAACCACAGAUCCCAAAGAAAUGGAAGUCGCUCAACUACAUAUACUGUCCUGAAGAAGCUCCUCGCUCUCACGCUCCUCAAAACCAGAUUGAAGGAUCGCCAUCGAUCAAGAGAGUUAAAGAUUUACAGUCUCCAAAGAAGAAAAAACCAUCUAAAUUGGCAAGUGGAGAAACUAUUGAGACCCUCCACAUCGCUGAGCACGAUGUUCGUAAGCUGACGCUCCAGCAGAUGUUUGACAAAGGUGUUGCAAAGGUCCCUCCUAAGGUUUGGCCCAAGUUUGCCUAUACGGCUACAAUGGCAAAGGCUUUCAACUCAAAUUCCUAUGAGAACAUCAAAUUGAGACAGGACCUUGUUGUAUUGAAAUCUCUCAGCAUCGCCUUCCUUGUCAUGGUUAACAGGGAACUUGAAAUUACAUCAAAGGUCUUUGAAUGUGAUCCGACUCUUUUGACUUGCCUCAUCGAUUUGGUAAAUUUGCAAAAUAAUGUUCCAACAGAAGUGAGAUUGGCUGCGGCUACUUGUUUGGAGUGCAUUGCUUCGAAGAAGACAUGGUCCACAGAGAUUAUGAGAGGACUAGGUGGUAGUGUCUCUCAUGGUCUCUUAUUUCAAAUUCUGAAAUCGAUGGCGAAACAGUUAAAAAUUGGUAUCCCUGAACAAGUAUCUGAAAAUUACAAUUCUGUUAUUUUCCAUUUAGUUUUAAAUCUGGCAUCAACCAAAACUUUGGCCAGCUCUCUGGUUUCUGCCGGAUUGAUUCAGCACUUGUCUGAGUUCCUCACCAUUCCAACACAGUUUAAGAUUACAAGUGCCGGUGCUACUCAUCUGCUUCAAAACAUUGUCACUAGCAGCUCUGAGAAUAUUGCACUUUUCAAAGAGAACAAGGGUUUCCAGAAACUUUUGAGCUCGAUCACGUCAGAAAUCGAGUUUGCACUGCAUGAUAAGAUGGGCGGUCCUCCAUUGUUGAGUAUUGUCCAUUACACCAUCAGCUACCCACAAUGUUAUUAUCUCAUUGCAUUGCUGAGAUUUGCUCUUGGAAUUUUGCAGAAGGAAAGUGGGGAUACAGUUAGAAACUUGUUCGAUUCUUCUCUACUCAACGAUAUCAACAAAAUUCUGCUCAACAUACCGGUCUUUGGAUUGUCCUUGCUUUCUAAUGCAAUUAAUAUCGUGAGUGCUAUUCUUCACAAUGAGCCUACAUCCUACACAAUAUUGAAAGAAGCCGGAACUAUUGAUGUCGUUAUCGAUAAUUUCGGGGACUUCUUACGUCCUUCAAAGGAUGUCGUAUGUGCUCUUCCUAACCUCAUUGGUGCCGUAUCGUUAAACAACAACGGUUUGGAGAGACUCAAACAGGUCAAUGCGAUCAAACAAUUUUUCAAAAUCUUUGAAAUCCAAGGAAUCGCAAGAGAUAUGGUUUCCAGUGAGAACUAUGAAUUCCUUGUUGGUGCUAUUGAUGAAUUAGCAAGACAUUAUCCCGACUUUAAGCCUUUGAUACUGGACGAAUUAUGCGCACUGGUUGAAAAAUUGGCAGACGGUACACUAUUUGAGUUCCCAAGACCUCAUAUAUACCGUUCUGAACUGAAAUCGUUUUACCACUCAAAGGAAGAACCUGUCGUGGAUAACGAGGAGGGAAGUUCUGAGCUGGAUGUAUGGGAAAACAUUGACGAGGCUUAUACCUUGGAAUUUGCUGCGUCUGUGAUUGGAAGUCUUGUCGAAUUAGGUGGCUUCUGGCAUACAAUGUACCAAAAAAUUGCACCGGAAGUGUGGGUGAAGUUAGUUGUGUUGAAGAACUCUCCCUUUGACUAUGUGUACUCUAAUGCAAUGUACCCAAUCAAUGGAGCUUUGAAAUACUUUGAUGAUACAUCUCGUGCCUAUGGAAUCUACUCAGUUUUCGAUAAAAUAGUGGAAACAGUUGAUGCAAUUGAUUGGUAUUGUGAUUCAUCGGAGAAACAGUCUUUGUUCCAAGCCCUGGAAAACCAAGACGACUUUGACAAGGCAGAUGACCUCUUCAAUGGCUUGAUUGCAGUGAACAAUGCAUUGUUUGGCUUUGUUGAUGUGUUUUGCAAUUCUGAUUCCCUCUCGCCUACUCGCUGUGAACAAUUGUGUAAACUAUUUGGAACAGAUGGUGGGUGCAAUCUCAUUGAUAAGUUGGGAAAGUUGUUACAACGAGUGACUUGGGAAGAGCAUGCGCUUAGAACAUCGAUGCCACCAAUUGUAUCUGAAGAGACUGUUAUUAAAGAGUAUGAUGACGGAUUUCCUCCUACAAGAAUUUUCGAUAAUGACGCCAACGUUAAAUUGAAGUUUGACAAGACAUCAGCUAAAUUCAAGAAUGCCUGUCAAGUACGUCUUGUGGGUCAUCGUAUCCACUCAUCAAUUGCGAUCAUCUUCAAUACGUUACUUAUGCUUGCAAACAUGUCGACUGAUGAACAACUACUCGAUACAAUACGCUGGCAGAUUGUUAGAAUUGCAGGCAAAAUUUCAGAAUUCUUUGUCUCUCUAUUGUGCUCAAAUCACUUUGCUAACGCUGAUGUAUUGUUAAUAUUACUGUACACGAUGCAUUAUUGUUUUACAGACUCUCAUAAUGACAAUGUGUUGACGUUGCCAGCGAUACUAUUUGUCCAAAAGGGUGGUUUGCUCAAGGAAAGAGAAGUGCUAGGGUAUUUUUGGAGAGAAGUCUCCAGCCUUGAUCCAACAAAAAUAUCUGAAGUGAAAGAAUUAGCAUAUGUGAAGAAUACCAAGGAGAGUAUCACUAUUUCAAUUAUUCUGAAUUGUCUAGUUUUCUUCAAUAAGUUGACAGACUUUAACCAACUGACCAAUGUUCCAUAUCCAGACAAGUUCUACGAGAGUAACUUUCAUGGUUAUGCAAUUGUUCGUGUCAACGAUUUCAGAUCGAAUCUAUUGGUUCAAACGAAGCUGUUUGGAUUUGGAGUUCUCGAAAAUAUCCUCGAAGGAGAUGAAACGUCUGAUGUUAAAGAACUGAUACCAGAAGACGUUUUUAAUGAGUUGAUCAAAUUUAGCAAAAACAUAUUCACGGCGUCGGAGGAGAAACAUCUACAGGAAUCUGAUGGUUCACUAUUCUCUAUCGAUUGGAGGCGGUUGGAACACUCACUGGCAAAAGCUGAUUAUUUAAAAGAUCUUGGUGUUUCUGAGGCCGAUGUAGCCAAGUCAUUGGCAGCAUUUAAGGGAUCAUUGACGUUUCUCAAAGAUGAUAUCAGAUCAACAUUGCCUACAUCACCAGCAGAUGCUGUUAUGAAGAAUGCGUCCGCAACACCAUACACAGAUUAUGUUCCCUCUUUGGCAGAGCCACAGUUCUCAAACUACCAUACUCUAGUAGAACUUCAGGAGCUUCGUGAAUCUGAACUUGGUGCAGUUCUUGAUGGUAUCUUAUCGCUUGUUCAGGUUCACCCGACUGCUUCUCGAUUGGUAUCACAAUUUUUGAUUGGUACAUUUUUGGAUGCUCCAGGUGCUUCAAUAGAAGAGUUUGAAUCUGUUAUACUCCGUUUGGUUUUGGAUUACAUUGAAUCGUUUGAUCUAAGUGUAUCUGAUAACAAGGGCUUAGCUGGUUUGUUGAAUCUUUUUAGUUUCUUGAUUCUGAAUGACACUGUGUUUUUCUCAUGUCAUUCAAUCUUGGAAGAGUUCUCAGAUUUUGUGAUUGACCAAUUGAAGCCUGAAUAUGUCAAUGCUGACUGGUUUGAUGAUGCUGUACUUUCGAUGGUUAAGAUCAUUUCGGGGACACAACUGCCAUCACCAGUAAAGCUGGGACCAGAACGUCCAUUUAUUGGGAUCUUCAAGGAACCACCAAUUGCGUUUAAAUUGGAGAAGGCUGCGGGGGAUCGUCUUUUCGAUAUUGCUGUAUCCGUCUCAGACAUAAGCUCUACAGACAGUGCUUUGGCUCUAUGUCGUCUGCUCACAAUUUAUGCUGGCGACCCUCGGUAUGCAAACAAGGUCUCUCAAUCUGGAGUUGUGGAGAAGAUCUUGAAAGCGAUUUCAUAUCCCAAACUCAAAGAACCUCAAAAGCCUUAUAUCCUCCAGACAGCCUUUAUGUAUUUGGUGAGAAGGUGUUAUGAGACCACAGACAUCAUCACCGAUAUGGCUAUAAGAGAGAUAAAGACGCAGUAUACCAAUAAGAGCAGAAAGGAGCUGAAAAGCAAGUCUCGUGAACUUUCUUCAGUUCUGAAAGACUGUUAUGGGGUAAUUAUGAGAAACCCUGACAUAUUUGUUGAGGAAAUUUCCAAACGUGUAAGAUUUGUUGAUUUCACAGAGAGCUCAAUGAAGUCAUUUUCCACUGAAAUGAUAGAUGUUGCAGAUGAAGAUGUCGAUAUGGUUGAUGUUGACAAGGAUGUAAAAUCAGAAACCUGUACUGGACUCAAGAGCCCUGUCGGCAUUGUUAACUUAAUUCUCACUGAGUUGAUGUCUGCUGUACGGAAUAAUUGGUUAAUUGAACCACCCAAAUCAGAAAAGGAAAUCGAGGAGGAAAAGAAGAAGCAACUUGACCGCAAAGAGUUGGACCUUAUCAAGGAGCCAAAGAGUGAUGUUAGCAAGAACGAGCACUGUGAACACAUCAUAUUUUUGUUGAAGGUCUUGACCGAACUUCUUGCGUCAUAUAAACAGAGUAAGCUGGAAUUCUUGACGUUCUCCAAAAAGAAUUUGUUUCAAGAGCCAUCAGUCGAAGAACCGAAACCUAGGUCUACAUCUUUGAACUUUUUACUUCACCAGCUAAUCUUAUCAGGAAAAGCCGAGUUACCAGAUGAAGAAUUGGCACGUAAAGCAGUUGUCGGUGAGCUGGCUGUCAGUGUUAUAAUAGCGUUCGUAUCCACAGUGAGUGGUCGCCAUGUCAAAGCAGAUCCUAAGGACGUUGAUCCUGACUUGACAUUUAUGAGGAAGUUUACUGUUGACACGAUACACAAGGUGCUCAAGGAGUCUGUUACCACAGCACCUGGUAUCAGAACGAUGUGUGCUAGAGUAACUUCUCUUUGUUUGGCGUUACGUUCGUUGCUGAGCCCUCAAGAAGAACCUUACCUUGAUCCAAACGUGAUCGAAUUUGAUGCAUUUCAUAUCGCCAGUGUUGUUAUUGACUCUGGAUUGCCAGCAACGCUGACAUCCAUCUUGUCUGAUAUUGAUCUCAACUUUGGUGAUUAUAUCUUUCCUCUGGAAUCUGCAGUUAACGUACUGAGCUUUUUGGGUCAAAUUAAAGCCAACAAUCAGGAACUCUUCAGAGCAACACAUCCUACCAAUGGUCUCGAGGAAGAAGAGGUUGAAGAUGAUGACAAUGACUUCAAAGAAGAAACACCUGAUCUCUUCCAGAACUCUACACUUGGUAUGUAUGAUGUUGAAGAUAUUGACUCUGAAGACGAUUUCAGCAACGAUGAAUUGAGCUUUGGCGACGAAGACGAAGACAUCGAGGAAGAUGAAGACAUGGAUGAUGAUAUUGGCCAAGAUAUUGAGAUUGUCUAUAGUGAGGAUGAGGAUGAUGGAAUGAUUUCAACUGAUGAUGGUGAGACUGUUUCUUUAGAUUCAGAUCAUAGCUCAUUCUCUGACUUAGGAUCUGACGAAGAAAACGCAGGAUCAAAUAGUAGCGAUCAGUAUGUUGGUUAUGAUAUCGCUCCAGAACUUGCUGGUGGAUCUGAAUUCGAUUCAGAGAGCGAGUCAGAGGAGUAUUCUGACGCGAGCUUGGAUAUUGGAUCUGAUGCUGAAGAUGAUAUCGAAGCAGCUGAUGAUGAUGGAUGGUACACAACUGAUGACCAUGACCACGAUCAUGUAUUUGAAUUUGAUGAUGAUGAUGAUGCUGAGUCUUCCGAUGAAGAAGCAGGAAGUGGCCAUUGGAUAGUGCGUUCUGGUGAGCAUGGCGACAUUUUGGACUUUGAAGAUGAAGGAGAUGUCUUGGGAUAUGAUGACGAAGAAGAGGAUAUAAGUGAUGGCUCUGAACUCAUGGAUACUGAAGCAGUAGAGGUCCCUCAGACUUUGAGACGUGUGCUUCAUGGUGGCAGCAGAAGAUAUUUUGAACGUGAAAGACAAAGACAUGGCCGUAUUCUCACUUCCAACAUUGCUGGUAAUGAUUUCAUUGAGUUGAUAAACAAUGGUAAUAUCCAUGCAAGACGUGGUUCAUCUCGUCUCAACCAAUUCUAUGACUACUUUGUGAAUAUAUUGACUCAGCGCAAUGGGAAUCAGAUGCCAUCGUCUCAUAAUCGUGCUAAGGAGGAAUUCAAGAUCUUGUCAACGAAAGAAAGAUGGACCGAGCUUUCUCUGAUUCUUGGAUCAAAGACAGACGCACUUAGAAUAUACGGCCAUAUUUUCAAAAAUAUCUAUGAACCAAGCCGUGAAAUCUAUAAUGAAAACCAGAAGGCAGAGGAUAUGAAACACCAGAAGGAAGAAGAGGAGCAGAAACGUCAAGCUGAAGAAGAGGCACAGAGACGUGCAGAACAGGCACAACUUGAAGCCAAUACCAGCAAUAAUGAUGAGGAACACGAAGAACCCCAUCAACUGGAUCCUAUUUGGGUGACUGUUGGUGGCCGACAAGUUGAUAUCAGUGGGACAGAUAUUGAUCCUGAAUUCUUCGAGGCUCUGCCGGAUGAUAUGAGGGAAGACGUCUUGACACAGCAUAUUAGGGAGAGACGUGCAGAGGCAUCCACCACAGGAGAUACUGGACACACGAGAGAGAUUGAUGAGGACUUUUUGGAGGCUUUACCCGAGCAUAUACGAACAGAGAUUCUAACUCAAGAAGCAUUAUCCAGCAGAUUAAGAGCUGUUGAACAGUCCCAGACAGUUCAGCAAGAGGAAACUAACGUGACCUCAGAUGAAGAGUCCAAAAAGGAUAAGAAGGCCAAACAAAAAGUCUUCUUUACGCCUCUUUUAGACAAAUAUGGCGUUGCUUCUUUGAUUAGAUUUGUUUUCAUACCGCAGUCAUUCCCAGCAAGAAAGUCAUUGUACAUGCUGUUAGGACAGCUCUGUUUAAACAAACAGACCAGAUCUGAAGUUCUUGGCUUGCUGAUUGCAAUAUUGCAAGAUGGCAUUUCAUCACAAGAGGCCUUACAAAAUGUCUACCGUCAAAUCUGCACUCGUGUAAGACCUUCACCAACUGCUUCCCAAGGUCCUGUAUCUACUCCUUCUAAGCUUGGAACUCCACGGACUCCUUCACAAUCAGUUGUUCCAAAAGAUAUGCAGAGUCUGGGUCAUUUCCCAAACCGUGCUUCACCAUUUGUGAUUGCUUGCCAAGUGUUAGAAGCGCUUCAAUUUUUACUCGAGUCAGAUCCACAAUUGAGAUACUAUUUCAUUACAGAGCAUGAUCCGGUAUUGCUAUACAAGAAGGCAGGCUCCAUCAAAAAAUCCCAUUUGAGUGGCAAGUCAUCUAAAUACCCCAUAAACUUCUUAUUAAACUUGCUUGAUAUUCCCCUGGUUAAGCAAAAGUCGGUGCUUAUGGAUGGCUUAUCUCGCCUGGUUCAGAUUACCACACGUCCAUUGGCAUCGAUGAAGAAAGCAAAAGAAGCAGCUGAAGACCCUUCAAAGAUUGAACUACCGAUCAUAACCAGCACCAGUUUGAGAAACUUUGUAACCAUACUGGUUUCUGAUGAUUGCUCGAGUCGUACUUUUCAACAAACACUCAGUGCAAUGCAAAAUUUGCUUGUGCUGAAUGCUCAUAAUGUAUUCUCCAAUGAGCUCUCUAAACUGUCUAUGAAGUUGGCAUCAUCCUUGAACAAAGAUCUUGAAGUGUUAGUUGGUGAUUUGAAAAAACUGGAUGAAGAAGCUUCUGAUUUCGACUCACAGAUUAUGCAGAAGUUCACUUCAUCGAGCUCUGAUCAAUCUAAAUUAUUGAGAGUAUUAACAGCUUUGGACUAUCUGUUUGGCAGGGAGAAGAAGGAUGGUGGUGAUAAGGUUAUGGAGAACAAGGAACUGACGAAGCUUUAUACAAAUUUGAAGCUUGGUUCUCUAUGGGUCUCUCUUAGUGACUCUCUUGAUAUUUUUGAAGCCAAUAAGAGUAUUACCCAUGUUGCCACAGCUUUGUUACCUCUGAUAGAGUCUUUGAUGGUUGUUUGUAAACACAGUGAGGUAAAGGAUGUACAAGCAAAAGAUGUGUUUAACUAUGAGAAUUCCAAAGAUUUUGCCAAUGAAAACAUUGAAAACCUUUUCUUCUCGUUCACUAAUGAGCAUAAGAAGAUCUUGAAUCAGAUGGUUAGAUCCAAUCCAAAGUUGAUGAGUGGUCCAUUUACCAUGCUUGUUAAGAAUCCAAAGAUCCUUGAGUUUGACAAUAAGAAGAACUACUUUGACAGAAAGUUACAUGAUACUGAGACGGAAAGAAAGACGAUGUCAAUAUCUGUGCGUCGUAAGGAGGUGUUUUUGGAUUCUUAUAGAGCUUUGUUCUUUAAAUCUAAAGAUGAAUUCCGCAAUGCCAAGUUGGAGAUCAAUUUCAAAGGCGAAGCUGGUGUUGAUGCUGGUGGUGUGACCAGGGAAUGGUAUCAGGUCCUAUCAAGACAGAUGUUCAACCCUGAUUACGCGCUGUUUUUACCAAUUGCCUCUGAUAAGACGACGUUCCAUCCUAAUAGAACGUCUUGGGUUAAUCCUGAGCAUUUAUCAUUCUUCAAGUUUGUUGGUCGUAUCAUUGGUAAGGCUAUUUACGAUGGCUGUUUUCUGGAUUGUCAUUUCACUCGUGAUGUCUACAAGAGUAUUCUUGGAUGCAAAGUUUCUUUGAAAGAUGUUGAGACAAUCGACUUGAACAUCUAUAAAUCUUUGACAUGGAUGCUGGAGAAUGAUAUCACAGAUGUUAUAAUUGAAACCUUUUCCAUCGAGGCUGAUGACUAUGGUGAAAAGAAGAUCAUUGAUUUAAUACCUGAUGGACGUAAUAUUGCAGUUACCGAGGAGAACAAACAACAAUAUGUCAAAAAGGUUGUUGAAUUCCGUGUUCAAAAGAGUGUCGAAGAACAAGUUGAGAAUUUCCUUCAAGGGUUCUAUGAGAUCAUUCCAAAGACGUUGAUUUCAAUCUUUGACGAACAAGAAUUGGAAUUGCUGAUCUCAGGAUUGCCUGAUAUUGAUGUUGAUGACUGGAAGAACAACACCACAUAUGUGAACUAUACCGCAUCCUCUCGUGAGAUUUCCUAUUUCUGGAGAGCAGUCCGUUCAUUUGACACUGAGGAACGUGCCAAACUGUUACAAUUCGCAACUGGUACCUCCAAAGUUCCAUUAAAUGGAUUUAAAGAAUUAGAAGGCGCCAACGGAGCUACAAAGUUCAACAUCCAUAAAGAUUUUGGAUCCACUGAUCGCUUACCAUCAUCUCAUACUUGCUUUAACCAAAUUGAUCUGCCGGCAUACGAUUCGUAUGAGAAAUUGAGGAAGGCAUUAUUGCUGGCGAUCAACGAAGGCCAUGAAGGAUUCGGAUUAGCAUAAAAAAAGAUAUACUUAUAGUUUUUAAAGGAACGC